AUGGUCCUCUCCCCUCUCCCUACCGGCACCGCCAGGCUCUACCGCCUCUGCCUGCACCUGGCCGUCGGCGCGUCCAUCUGGGGCUACAACAUUGGCAUCCUGGCCUCCAUCCUCGUCCACCCUGGAUGGCGCUCUGCUAUGCGAGACCCUGAUCCCUCCGCACGGGGGACCAUCACUGCCGUCUACUAUCUGGGCACCCUCCUCGCCUACCUCUUCGUCUCACACCCCCUCGCCGAUUGGCUGGGCAGGCGCUAUGCCGCCCUGUACGGCACCCUUGCCCUGGCUUUUGGAGCUGUCGUCAUGGCCUCGUCCCAGAGCCUGGCUGUCAUGGCCGCCGGGAGGUUCUGCUGUGGACUUGGAGUCGGUGUUGUCAGCACCACUGUUCCUCUCUACCAGAGUGAAAUAUCCCCAGCCCAGGAGAGAGGCAAGUUUGUCACCAUCAACCACGUUGGAUUUAUUGCUGGUCUUGCCAGCGGCUUAUGGGUUGGUUAUGGGAUGAGCUUCUGGACUGAACCCUCUGGAAAAGCUUGGGGCUGGCGCAUCUCAAUCCUCAUCCAACUUCUGCCCGCCGCCAUAUUCGCUGCCGGCCUCCCCUUCUGCCCAGACACACCUAGAUGGCUUGUUGAAAAGGGCCACACCGAACGUGCCCGUCAAGUCCUCAUCUGGCUCCGUCAAGACGCCGUUCCUCCGGAUGCCAUCACCCAAGAACUACACGCCAUCACCCUAGAAGUCGAUUCUCAUCCUCAGUUCAAGCGCUCAUCCCUUGCCCUCUCGCUCUCGCUCUUUCGCGAGCCUCCUCUCCGCGCUCGCCUGUGGCGUGCGUUCCUGCUUCAGUUCCUAGCCCAAAUGUGCGGCGCUGCAGUCAUGAAGUAUUACCUGCCCAGCUUACUCAAGGCUCUGGGCUUAGACACCCAGUUGGCACUCAUGGCCGGGGCCAUUGAGAUGACCAUAAAAAUUGGCAUGACCAUCAUUGAAAUGUGGAUCAUUGAUCGCAUUGGGAGGAGAGCCUGUCUUGUCGGAGGCUCGCUUAUUAUGGGCGUUGCCAUGCUUAUCAACGGCGCUCUUCCAAUUGCGUAUGCCAAGAGUGUGAGCAAGGAGGCUGAUGUCGUCUGCAUCAUCUUCAUAUUCGUCUAUGCCAUGGGGUACAGCCUAGGCCUUGGCCCAGCAGCUUGGGUAUAUAGCAGCGAGAUCUUCCCAACGUCCGUCCGGGCUCGUGGCCUCAACUUUGCCGCAAGCGGCGGGUCCAUCGGCAGCAUCCUCGUCUCCAAGAUCUGGCCCUUGGGCCUGGCCCAGUGGGGAAGUGGCAUUUACUUCUUCUUCAUGCUCGUCAACUUUGCAUGUGCUCCGAUUGUCUGGCUGUUCUUUCCCGAAACCAAAGGCCGUGCUCUCGAAGACAUGGAUGAGAUCUUUGGCGGGGACGCGCUCCGCACUAGGAUACUCGGCAAUGAAGGCAUUGACGGCGAUGCUCAGGAUCUAGAAAGCGAAUUACAGUCACCAGUACUAGUGGAGGACGAAGAGCAGACUCGUCUCCUGAGCUAG